AUAUUAUACCUCAUUGGAUUAUUGAAUAUUUCUAAAUGUUCAUUGUUCGAUAACUGAAAUUGUAACAUUAAUUUAAAAUAGAAAUUCUAUUUUUUUGAAAUGAUAUGUGUAUCCUUAACUAAAAGAAUCAUAACGGCUUGAGAAAUAUUAAGAAUUUAUUACAAAGAGUAUUUGGUGGGAUUAAAAAAAAAGGAUAAAGUAUAAAAAAGAGAUAAAAAUUCUUACAAGUCAAGAUAUCGAAUCUCUCUUAUAAUAAGAGAUUUUAUAUCUCAAUAUUUUAGAGAUUCGAAAUCUCCGAAACUAAAAUGCAUACAUAAAAAAAACAGCAAAAACCAAAAAAUCUAUGACCUUAAUAAUUUUCUCCACUCUAAGUUUUUCAGGAGUUGAUUCUCUUGCAUGUGGUUUCUUUUAACUUUUGACAAAGACAGUUGUCAAUCAAUCAGUUAGCAUGCCUGAAAAUUCUAUAACUGACAUUUUUUGUACUUCUAGCAACUAAAAAUUCGAAAAUUUUUAUGCUAAGAAAAUAAAACGUGUCUUACUUCAUAAACGUAUCAUUAUUUAUACCAGUGACAAAAUUCAUCCAACCAACGGACGUGACAGAGUUGUAAUCUAGAUUGCAGAAGGAAUAAUGAAGAACAAGUUCAAGGAAGAACAAAGAAGGACGAAAUGUAUGGAAGGAAGAAACGCUUUCAUUAAGUUAUGCUACGUCGUUUUAUUACUAGAGAGUUGUAAUAGGAAUUAGCCCGUUUAAUACACGGUUUAAGAUUUAAAUAGACAAAAGGAAAGCAGCCAAGUGACAUUGCUCUCUGUAAUCCAUUUGUCUUUACAUUUUAGCUGAACUAUAAAAUGCAGAGGAUGAUCUCAGUGGAAGCUGAAGAUCAAUCCUUCCACAAAACCCUACUAGGUUUUCUCUGAGGGACAUAUGAUCUAGUUUUAUGUUAUAGCUUAUGAAUGGUUGUUAAAUAAUAGUUCUAUAAUAAUUAAUCGUCGAAUCAUCAACCACUAACUUUUUUGGUUCAGCAUCCGAUCCGAUCCGAUUUUGAAAUUGGGCAACGAGUUGAGAUGGAGAUCCGGGUUUGCGGAAGUAUGUUGAGGACUCAGGAGGUUGAUUUGGGAAUGGAAUUGAAUUGGUUUGAGGCUUCAAGAUCCUAAAGAGAUUAGCAAGGAGAUUACUUAGGGAGGGAGGUAUUGAUGGGAAGGGACUUUUAGUUUCCUGAAUUUCAAGAAGGUCCUAAUUCCUGAAACCCUACUAUAUAUAUAUAUAUAUAACCUGACCCGGAUCCGGCUUUCGUCUUCCCCAACGAUGGAUUUAUACUCAGAGCUACCGGAGGACAUAUUGGCGAAGAUCGCGAAAGAUCACUUGCCGAGCUUCUCCCAUUUCGUCCCUUUCUCCGGCGUGUGCAGAUGGUGGAGAAUCGUCGGUCUCCAACAACUCCACCUCAACAACUACCGCUUCCCAUGCCUCCCUGGCUUCCUACAAUCCCGGACCCUCACCCCCGAUUCCCAUCGAUUCCACCCGCUCCCCGAUUUCCUCGCCGCCGCCGGUGAUGGCAGCGGCACUCCUCCUCCUCCCCGUCCAUAUUCCAGAUCCCGCCGUGGGCUCCCCCGCCACGUCACCAUCCCGCUCGGUCUCGACACGAGAAUUAGCCCGCCGACGAAUUCAAAUAACCCGUGCGUCGUCACUUCCAAAGACGGGUGGGUCCUCGUAAUCCAACCCGCAGCUCGACCCGACCCGGUGAAGCCGUACCUCCUCAACCCGAUCACCGGCGCGUUCUUCACCCUCCCUCCUCUCGUCAUCUCGCCGGACGAUAUUUUGAAAGCCGUCAUCUCCUCCUCCCCCGACCGUCACGAUGAACGCUGCCACGUCAUCCUCGUAUUCUCCUCCCCUCGUAGCCCCCACUGCCAGCUGGCAUGGCGCGAGGUGGGCGUGGGCCCAGAAGAAGAAGGGGAGAAGAAGAAACAAAAGUGGGCAUUCAUGGGCCUGAACUUUAUUAUGCUGAAAAAGGCCCAAUUCCAGGACGCCUCCUAUUCACAAGGCAAACUGUAUCUCGCAGACGAACGCAGCCUCCACAUUUUCCACAACUUUAUAAUAAUAACCCCACUUGGACUUGGAGGUUCGAGAUCCCGAGUCACGAUCCCUUUCGGCGGCGAGGUGCGCCUUCGAUUGUUCCACCUCGACGACGACGACGGCCAGCUCCACGUCAUCAGAUACAAAAGGACUUUAAUUUCCUUCGACUCCGAGCCAUUCAAGGUAUACAAGCUGCGACAACAUGCUAAUUACGACGACGAACAAUCACACGCCGGCUGGGAAAAAGUGAGGAGCUUGGGCGGCAAUGCUGUGUUGUUGAGCCAGCAGUCUCACCUCCACCAGUCGAUUUGCCUCCCUGCUUUCCGCCAUAACGGGGUGGAAGACGGCCGUAUAUACUUCGUCCAUAUCGACGACUUCCGCCGUGGCUACCAGGAUAAAUGUUGUUCCUCCGGCGUCUUCGAUCUCUCCACCCAAAAGCUCGAAUGUUUUGCCGAUGAUCGAGAUCAGCACCGCAACUGUUUUGCUUUCCUCCCAAUGCCAUGGUAAAACUAAUUACUAGCUCUUUUUUUUUUUUUUUUGCCAACUAUUGGCUAGCUCAUUAUUGUUGUACAAAUCGAACCGGAUCAAUGGAUACGCAAUUAGAACCAAUAACCCAAUUAGGAUAGUAAUUCGGCUUAUUUGAUUGAAUGGUUAGGACUUAGGAAUGGACCAAAUGUUUUUUUAAAUAUUUGAUUUAAAAUCAAAGGAAUAACCAUUACGAUUUGACUAGUCAACCAAUUCACAAUUUUAACCACAAAAAGUUAAGAAAAAAACUUCAGCCGUUUAACAACGUAAAGUAAGAUCAUCCAACCUCGAUCACUAAUUUUGUUUAUGCUUCAUUUUCUUCAUUUUCCGGUCUUUUUUCAACUUAAUUAAUGUGGUCCACUAUGGAUCUUCAUCCUGAUUAUUGUUUUGAAUUAAAUAAUAAUAAAAGGUUGAUUACCUUUGUGAGAUAUAUAGCUUGAAUACUUUGACCAAGCUUUUUUGUUGAUAGAUGAUAGGGAUAUGAGUUUGUUUAUAGUUAGCUGUAAUUUCACUGGUAAAUUAGUGUAUAAUAUAUGAGCGGUUUUGUCCGCCGUUAACUAACAAUUCUAUAAUGAUUAACUGUUGAACCAUCAAUCAUUAACUUUUUCGGUUCAGCAACAUGGACUUGCAAUUAGUUACUAUUUACUACUCUCUACGUCUACGUGUAGGAAUAUUUCUAAGCAUCGAGAAGCUAAUAAUGAAGAAUAAUGGAAGUGGAAGUGUACCACUGCCAGCCGAUGCAUUACCCACCAGGAAGAAGAAGAAUGAUCAACACCAACAUGAUGAUAGUACUGAUGCUGCUGAUGUCAUGGUUCGUUGCCGCAACAACAAAUUUCAACCGCUUUUCUCAACGUCCGACGAUGACGAAUGCGGUUACUAAACUUACUAUAAUGAUGAUGGUUCGGAGGAGCAGGAUGGAAAUGGCGCCGCCAUGGAAGCUCUGCGGCAGCAGCUGAUUGCCAGCUUACGUACGUAAUACAGUGUGAUCAUUGGGAUCAGUUGAUAUGAUGUAAUUCGAUCGUUUCUCUUCAUUCAACAGCUUUGAUUAUUGGUUCCUCGAUCGGUCGUACAUGUGAGGUUCAACAAUAUUAUGUUAAUUUUUUUACAAAACGUAUUUUCAUAAUAUGAAAAAGUGUCUAAUAUAUACAUUCGUCAUUCAAACUAUCAAGGAAGUCACUCUUAGCGUGUAACUUAUCAAAAAAUCGUUCAUGAUUUCAUCAAUCGUAUUUUGAAGUGUGUUCUUCAUGUAUUUCAUUGCAGAAAAAAAUGUUCUUACAACACUUGUCGUGGCAACAAAAAACAACAAUACCAAUUUCAAAAGUCAACAGACUAAUGAAAAAUACUUGGGGGUCAUUUGGAUUAAGGUUUUUGAAGAGAGAUUUUAAUCACAAGGGCGAUACUUGGCUGCUGUCUGUGUUGCAGCCCAUGGCUGCCACCUAUUGACGUGGCACCAUAUCAUUGGUUCAAUGGAUAUUAUUAAACUUAUUUGGAUUAGGAAGGGACGGAAACCGGACGGAAACUAUUUCUUUUCUUGGACGGACGGAGAGCAGCCCAAACGGUGCUGCCUCUUUACAUUUUUUUUAUUAUACUUUUUAUAUAUUUUUUAUUAAUUGAAAAGGAGAUAAUAAUAUUAAACACUCAUAGGCAUAAUUAAUAAAUAUUCCGUUUAAUA